CAAGUCGCUUCAGCCAGUGCUUCAGCAGUAGCAGCAGCAGCAGCAGCAGCAGCAUUAACAGCAGCAGUUAAAGUCACCGUUCAAGUCGUGUCGUGUGGCAAGCUUUAUCAGCAGCUUACCCGUUACUUUUGGCUCGUGUUUUGAAACGGCAAAUAUUGUUUAAAGUCGCGCGUCGCCAUUUUUUAAACGCUUUUGUGCUUUUUAUGUUGCAUAUUUAAAUUUACAUUUCUUACGCAUUUUUCUUUUCUGUGCUCGAUUCGCGUUCUUGUUUUGGUAACUAUUUCCCACGCGCGUUAACGACGAUAAGAUUGAGAAUACGAGCUUCAACAGUACAACAAAUUAAUACAGGACAUUGUGUACAAAGGUUUCGCGUCUACAAAGCGUAAAUAUAUUUAAAAUCAAUUAACUGCGAACAGAGGCAACAAUUCGGCUGAACGCUUGAAUCCAGCACAGGACAACAGGCUUUUGUUGAGGCAGACGUUGGCCAUUUAGACGCCCGAAUGAGUAACAGCGCCAUGGUGGCCGUGGCCAUUUGCUGCAUCUUGGUGCUGCUGGCGGUAUUCAUUGUGAUCAUCAUAGUGGUUGGGCAGCAGUUCGAGGAGCCCAAGUGAGACAUGCUCCAGCUGGGACCUGGCAAUUUCCCAGAUGGAUAACAGAGACCUCCAAAUUGUUAGUUGCGGUCAACACAAUUGCCGGGGCAGAUACCAGCGCCAACCACAACAACAAUACCAAUAACAACAGGACAAAGAUGAAGAUGAAGUUGAAUCAGUUUACCGCCGUCGCCGAUCGAUGUCAGAAUUAUCACACGAAUCACACCUAGAAUUCAAUGUCACCCAACAUGAGCAAGAGUUCGAAAGAGAGGGAGAGAGAGAGUGCGACAGCGAUAUUAAAUGAAAGAGAAGGCAUCCCAUCGUCAGUACCCAUUGGCUGUGAUGUGAAAUUAUUAGAAAUAUGUGAAAUAAAAAUUCAAAAAAAUGUUGAUCAUUCCUCACGCCGAAACACAUCUAUAAGUAGCUGUUAACCUUGUGUGUCUGUUAAAUGUUAUUAUGAACAAGAAAGAAUAUAAAACCUAUAUACCCAUAUACAUUAUAUGUAUAACCCAACCGUCGUAACAUCGCGAUUUUAUACAAGUGUUGUUAUCAAAUUUUUAUUGAUGUUUUAUUGAUGUUGCAUACAACUUAUAUACACAUAGACACACACACACACACACACACACACACACACACAAACAGAAACAGACAAGCGAAAUAAAUUUACAUUAACUUUAACGUCUCAAUUGACAACCAAGCCAAAGUCCAAGCACGCAACAUGUGGCCAGGCUGUUUAAAACGGCAGCGCGGCUUAAAACGCGCGCGAUUUCGACGCCCCACAGGCGAAGACGCAGGAAAAGGAACGGAUAUUGCAACCAAAGAGCUCAAUAAGUCGGCUAAGGCCUGACGUUGCUCUAGGAAACUCGAAAAAAAAAACAAUAUUGAAAUAUUUUUGAGAAACUGAGAAUAUGAGAGAAUGUGGAAUAUGGGUAUCUAAGCAUCGCACUUGUUAAAUGCAGCAAAAAGAUACGGAAUAAGGAAUGCGUAUCAGGAAUCAAGCUGUUGGCCUAGUUCUAGUAAAUGAUAUGCAUUUUAUAUAUCAAAUAACUUUUGGAUAAGUUUUAUGUGUGUGUUAAAACUCAAAUAUAUUAAUAUAUAUAUAUAAAUUUACAUGUGUGUAUGCAAUAAAUGCAAAACACAUAUGGUUACAUGUACGUAAUUACUUAGCUUUCUAUGUGUACUACAGAGUUAUGAAACAAAGAGUUACAAACCAAUGAGAUUAUGUCUAUAACCGAUUCAAUACGAUAAUUCAAUUCAAAUAACAUUAAACAAUGAACACUUGAUUUAAUAAAUUCAAAGUAAAUACAUUUAUUGCAAACCGUACGCGCGCUGUAAACAUAUAAAAUAUGAA